AUGCAUGAUCUUAAAGUAUCUUACAUGAAUGUUUGGAAGCUAAAACUCAAGGAACUUUUUUAUAGUAUUCCUACCUUGGACGAGCUUCAUGCUUUGGGCGGAGAGGGUUAUAGAGCCGAUAUUAUUCUCUGCAAUUAUGGAAGGUACAUCUGGUCAAGCAAAUACUUUCAUUGGCACGUACAACUAUAUGCCUCCAGAGGUAGUAAUCAGGACCUGGAAAUUGUUCGUCGUUUGGCAGACUAUGCUAUUAAGCACCACUUUCCUCAUAUUGAGAACAUGAGUAAGAGUGAAAGCUUAUCUUUCAGAACCGGUGAUGAAGAUGUUGUGGAUCUUACAUCAAACAAGUAUGCAACAUGGGUGGUGGAGAUUGAUGAGCGUACUGCUUCCAUGAUUGCUAGAUGGCAAGGUGUUGGUUUCACUCAUGGUGUGAUGAACACAGAUAACAUGAGCAUUUUGGGUCUUACUAUUGAUUAUGGUCCAUUUGGGUUUUUGGAUGCUUUUGACCCUAAAUUUACCCCAAAUACCACAGACCUUCCAGGUAGAAGGUAUUGUUUUGCAAACCAGCCGGACAUUGGUUUAUGGAAUCUUGCACAGUUUACAACAACACUGGAAGCGACUCAUUUAAUAAAUGACAGAGAGGCUAAUUAUGCUUUGGAAAGAUAUGGAUCAAGAUUUAUGGCUGAUUAUCAAGACAUAAUGACCAAAAAUCUUAGCCUCCCAAAGUAUAAUAAGAAGCUAAUUGGCAAACUUCUUACUAACAUGGCUGUUGAUAAAGUUGAUUAUACAAACUUCUUUCGUACACUCUCAAAUAUUAAAGAAGACACAAGUAUUCUGGAUGAAGAUUUAAUAGUACCACUAAAGUCAGUUUUGUUAGACAUUGGUAAAGAGCGUAAAGAAGCAUGGACAAGUUGGUUGAAAACCUAUAUACACGAGCUCUCUACCAGUGGCACUACUGAUGAUGAGAGGAAGACCUUGAUGAAUACGGUAAAUCCUAAACAUGUUAUCAGGAACUAUCUAUGCCAGACUACAAUUGAUGCUGCAGAAAUUGGUGAUCUUGGAGAAGUUCGUAUGUUACUCAAAUUAUUGGAACACCCGUUUGAUGAGCAGCCAGGAAUGGAGAAGUAUGCUCGCUUACCCCCAACAUGGGCAUAUCGACCAGGUGUAUGCAUGUUAUCUUGUUCCUCAUGGGUUUCUUCCUCGAUUGCUCAGAUGAUUGAGUUGCAGAAGAAAAUAGAUUUUGGACUUCAUUCUGUCACCAUAAUAACAUUGGACCUCUUCUUUUGA